UGUUUCCUUCCCUGACUAUCCGAAGUUCUGCCAUUGGUUCUCCAGUACCUCUUUGUCGAAUCACCGAUGCCCUUUGUCACUGUCUGGAUCCCAAACAUUUCUUUAAAUAUCUGACGUCUGCCGCAUCUAUACAGUUCUUGUAUCUUGUCUGCCCUUUCGUCUUGUCAAUUUCCAGCUUUCUGCUCUUCGGUCGUAGCUUAGCACAUCGCCACAAUGGGGUCCUUGCCUGUGCAGACGAGCUUCGACGUUGAAGACGUUCUUUCGCGGCUGAACACGGCAGAGAAAGUUGCCCUGUUAUCCGGGAUUGACUUCUGGCACACCGCUCCCGUACAUCGUCUGGGUGUCCCGUCUAUACGAGUAUCCGACGGCCCCAACGGCGUUCGCGGCACUCGCUUCUUCAACGGCGUCCCCGCUGCCUGUCUUCCUUGUGGGACCGGUCUUGCUGCAACAUGGGACACCAAACUUGUCGGGAAAGGUGGAGCAUUGCAGGGUGCUGAGGCCAUCGCCAAAGGGGCAUCCGUUAUUCUAGGUCCGACCACAAACAUGCAAAGAUCACCACUGGGCGGUCGUGGGUUCGAGAGCUUCAGCGAAGACCCAUACCUCGCCGGUGCCAUGAGUGCAGCAACCAUCAACGGUAUACAAUCGACUGGUGUUGCUGCAACAAUCAAGCACUAUGUUUGCAACGACCAAGAGGACCAAAGACAAGCCGUCGACAGCAUUCUGACAGAACGAGCGCUACGAGAGAUUUACCUAAUGCCCUUCAUGAUCGCGCAGAGAGACUCGAAGCCGGACUGUUACAUGACUGCUUACAACAAGGUCAACGGUACACAUGCGAGUGAGAACCCACGAUUGAUCAAGGAUGUUCUUCGCGGUGAAUGGGGCUUUGACGGGCUAACAAUGAGCGACUGGUUCGGGACGUACUCAACCACCGAAGCAAUCAAAGCAGGUCUCGACCUUGAAAUGCCCGGUCCUACCUAUAUCCGUGGACACCUAGUCAAUCAAGCCCUCGGCUGUGGCAAGCUUACAUUGCAUGACCUCGAUGAAAGAGUUCGUGAAAUCCUCAAACUGAUCAAGAAGGUCCAACCUCUGGGUAUUCCGGAAAACGCACCAGAGACCACGGUGGACUCUCCUGAGACUUCUGCUCUUCUUCGUUCGCUAUCAUCCAAUGGCAUCGUCCUGAUGAAAAAUGACAACAACAUCCUGCCGUUCGAGAAACAGAAAACUACUGCCAUCAUUGGUCCCAAUGCGGCUUAUGCAGCCUACUGUGGUGGUGGCUCAGCUUCAUUGUUGCCAUACUAUGCUAUCAGCCCCCUUGACGCCAUCCGGAAACAGGUGCCUGACGCGAAAUAUGCUCUCGGCGCACCGGGCUGGAAAGCGCUUCCACUAAUGACGCGGUUGACCAAGACCAAGCAGAAUGAAAAUGGUCUGACGAUGAGAGUCUUCUUGGAACCCGCCUCGGUGACAAAUCGCAAGGCAAUUGAUGAGGUCUUUGUGAACAAGUCGGACAUUCUUCUGGUCGAUUAUAAGCACCCUCUGAUCAAGUCAUCUCUCUAUUGGCUCGAAUUGGAUGGCAUUUUCACUCCCGAGGAGACGACCGAGUAUGACUUCAGUCUGUGCUGCGCGGGAACAGGCAAAGUCUUUGUGAACGGAACGUGCGUCGUCGACAACGAGACCCACCAACGACCUGGUAACUCAUUUUUCGGCGCUGGCACUGCAGAGGAGAUCGGAAGCAUGAAACUAGAAAAGGGAGAGACGUACGACAUCAAAGUCACCUUCGGUACACUUCCAACCAUGACGUUCAGCAGCCACGGCACCACCGGCUUCGGGGCAGGAGGGCUGAGAGUCGGACUCGAGCGCAGAGCCGAGAUUACGACAGAAAUUGAAAAGGCUGUUCAGCUUGCGAAAAGGGCCGACCAAGUUAUUCUGUGCGCAGGGCUGAACAGCGAGUGGGAAUCAGAGGGCUAUGACCGGGAGCACAUGGACCUACCACCAGGCAGUGACGAUCUCAUCAAGGCCGUCCUCGCCGCCAACCCCAAUACGGCUAUCGUAAUCCAAUCCGGAACACCCGUUACAAUGCCAUGGCUGAAGGAUGCUCCGGCUGUCCUUCAAGCUUGGUACGGUGGUAACGAGACCGGCAAUGCUAUCGCAGAUGUCGUCUUCGCCAACACCAAUCCCAGCGGCAAGUUGCCCCUGAGCUUCCCUAUCAAGAACGAAGACAACCCGGCUUUUCUGAAUUACAAAUCUGAGCGCAACCGGGCCAUUUAUGGUGAAGAUGUCUAUGUCGGAUACCGGUUCUACGAAAAGACCAAGAAAGAAGUCGCCUUCCCUUUCGGCCAUGGCCUCAGUUACACGACCUUUGAGAUCAAGGACGUAUCCGUCAGCGACGACGAUGUCGAAAUCGUGGUGUCUGCUACGGUCUCCAACACGGGCAAGUUGGACGGCGCGCAGGUUGUCCAAGUUUACGUCUCGCAACACAACCCAAGCAUCAAUCGACCUCCAAAGGAACUGAAAGGUUUCGCCAAAGUCUUUGUGAAGGCGGGUGAGAGCGAGAAGACCGAGAUUGUGAUUUCCAAGAAGUACGCCACGAGUUUCUGGGACGAAGAAAGGGAUUCGUGGGUGAUGGAGAAAGAUGCUUUUGAUGUAUUGGUGGGCGACUCCAGUGCCAAUACGCCGCUCAAGGCCAAGAUUCACGUGAAGCAGACAGCCUGGUGGAGGGGUUUGUAGAAGGACGGUGUUGUUGAUACCUUCAAGGAGUGCAUUACCUACAUCCUCUAGGUGUCCCUGUUGUUGGCUUGCCUGCUUUUGAGGACAACCACGCCUUGACUCUGUCUAGUACGGAGCAUAGGAUCUGCUUGGGGCGGCCGACUUUGACGAGGCUCCUGGGUGGCGGAACGGCGCUUCUGUAUGUUGUAAUAUCUUUAUGACUCAUGAUUAUAUAGAAGAAUACGUAAGACGCACAUCCAAAGAGGUUGAAUAUGAAUAUGAGUUCGAUU